AUGAGUAAAGAAGUAGUUAAUCGAGGAGAAUCUCAAGCAAAUCAAUAUUUUCCAUCAUACGGAUCUGCUUAUAGUUAUUAUCAACACCAAAAUAAAAUACUUUUACAAAAACGUGAAGACCUUAAACAUGAAUUAUUAAUUACUCAAAAACUCUGGUCUGCUUUUCCAAAUGCAGAUGAAUAUAUUGCUACAAAACGCCCACUUGAAAUUAAAACAGAAACUAAACCAUCAACUCAACAAACCUCUAUUUCUUCUGUAAAUUGUAAACCACCAGAAAUUAGAUUAUCAACUGCUAAAGUCUUUAGAUAUCGUCCAUUUUCAUUAAUCCUUACAAUGAGUUCAACUUGGAGAGAAAAUAAAGGAUUAACUUAUGAACAAGUAUUUCAAGCUGUUGCUGCCUUAAAAUGUAAAAAAGAAGGAGAAGAAGAAGAAUUUGCAACAUGUGCUCAAUGUAGUGGAAAACAAAUAAUUGAAAUUGGAAGUUCAUCAGGAACUUCAUACCAACCAACAGUUUCCGAUGAUAAAACAGAAAUGUAUAUAUUUGAUCAUUGUAAAACAAAUUGUUCUUCUUCAAGGGAUCAUCACAAAAAGAAAUUACAAAUAGUUAUUACAUUAGCUGAUGAAAAAAUUAUAACUGUACCAUUUAGUAUUCAAGCAAGAGAAAAGAAAUCAAGUAAAGUUAAAUCAAAUACUAUUCAACCUCAUAAAGCUAUUUCUUCAAAUUCUCCUUUAUCAAAUUCUAUAAACCAAUUUAAUAUUAUGGGACAAUCAGACUUUCCUAAUCAACAAUCACAACAAACAACGUUUCAAACUUAUCAAGGAACUUUUAAUCAAAUUUUACCACAAACAAAUAAUGAUUCAACUGAACGAGUAGCAUUGUUUGUAUUUUCUACUUGUUUACAACCACCUCAAAUAAUUGAACUAAUCAAUGACUAUAAAAAUUAUUUGUCUAGAAUAGAAGGUUUUGUAAAUUUAAGAGUAUCAUUCUUAGAAGGUCUUUUCUUUGUUUUUGCUUAUUUUAUGGAUGUUGCUCAUGCAGAAGAAUGUAUAUCAAUAACAAAAUUAUAUUUAAAUAAUGAUAUUCGAUAUCCAAAUAUUUACAAAAAGAAAUUAUCAGAUGAUAACAUUGCAAUAAUUCUCUCUGUUUUUUACAAUUGGAGUGAGUCAGGACAAUUACCAACAUCAUUCUUUUCUCAACCAUUUUAA